AUGAAGCCCUCUUUAUUCUGGUGCAGCCUUUUGGCAUGUAUUUCUCCUCUUGUAUCUGCUACUGCCCUCACAUAUAAGCUUAGCGCCAAUGAAAAGGCAUGCUUUUAUUCCAAUGUCGACAAACAAGGUGCUAAAAUAGCUUUCUACUUCGCUGUCCAAGCUGGAGGUUCUUUCGAUGUGGAUUAUGAGGUUGUGGGUCCGAAUGAGAGAGUUAUCAUGAAGGAAGAAAAAGAGCGACAGGGUGACUUUGUCUUUACUGCCACGGAGGUCGGGGAAUAUAGGUUUUGCUUCAACAAUCAGAUGAGCACCUUUUCAGAAAAGUUUGUCGACUUCGAAAUCGCUGUUGAGAAUGAACCACGAGCUUCGAUACCCUCGAAACAAGGCACAACUCCCGAGCAGACAUCCGCAUUGGAGGAAUCCAUCUUCAAACUUUCAGGCCAGCUUUCCACCAUUACGAGAAAUCAAAAAUACUUCCGCACAAGAGAGAAUAGGAACUUCAGCACGGUGAGGAGUACGGAGAGGAGGAUCUUUAACUUUAGUGUUAUUGAAAGCUUGAUGAUGAUGUGCAUGGCUGCACUACAAGUCUUCAUUGUCCGAUUCUUCUUCCAGGUACGUCGUUCUAGCUUCAGUAUACGUAUAGAGGAUCUAACGAGGGGAAUUAGGGCGCUAGAAAAGGUUACGUGUGAACCAUUUGGGUAUGGAAAGGGUGAAGAAGAGGAGAUUCCACAACAUGCGCAACAGAGAGGCCCUCGAAUCUUAGGCGCAGGCGCUUUGGAUGACGCCCAGAUCGUAUUAAAGAAAAUUGGGCCUCCAUCAUACGGUAAUCGAACGGGUUGGCGGCCGCGAGGACAGGAAGACUUCGGUGAUGGAGGUGCUUUUCCAGAAAUUCCCGUCGCGCAAUACCCCUUGGAUAUGGGACGCAAAUCUACUUCAUCGAAUAAUGCGCUAGCCCUUCAAGUCGAUGGCGAGGGAAAAGUCAAGUACGAUGCCAUAGCACGACAAGGUCAUAACGACAAGCGAAUAGUGCACGCCUCUUUUAAGGACCUUAUACCUCUUCGACAACGAGCUGAUGCCGGAGACGUUAAUUUGGAUAGACCAAGUGAGGAGGAAGUUGCGGCUUCUACGGAGAGGACGAAGAAUGCCUUGGCAACUCUUGUCAGUGGUGCGGUAGCUGCGCAAAAACCCAAGAACGUUAAUGUUGGAGGAAGAAAGGAUCCUACUUAUGUCAGAUAUACUCCAGCGAAUCAAAUGGGCGAUAACUCGAGAAAAAAUGAUCGGAUCAUGAAGAUUGUGGAAAGACAGCAGGACCCUAUGGAGCCUCCCAAAUUCAAGCAUAAAAAGAUUCCCCGUGGUCCACCUAGUCCUCCAGCUCCAGUCAUGCAUUCGCCUCCGCGGAAACUGACAGCAGAGGAUCAGGAAGCUUGGAAGAUACCACCUCCGGUCUCGAACUGGAAAAAUCCAAAGGGUUACACUGUUCCACUCGACAAACGAUUAGCUGCAGAUGGAAGAGGAUUACAGGAUGUCACUAUCAAUGAUAAAUUCGCACAAUUCGCAGAGGCUCUUUUCACAGCAGACCGGCAUGCACGAGAGGAAGUCAAGCAGAGAGCAUUGAUGCAGCAAAGGCUAGCGGAGAAGGAGAAGUCACAAAAAGAAGACCAUCUUCGCAUGCUAGCACAGAAGGCACGAGAAGAGAGAGCUGGAGCCGGCACUGGGUCCGGAAGGCGAGACUCGAGAUCGUCAAGAUCUCGUUCGGGGAGCUACAGUGAUUCUGAGUCUGAGCAAUCUAAUAGCGACGACGAAGAAUUCAGAGAGCGAGAAAAGAUGCGUCAAGAAAAACGCAGAGAUGAAGAACGAAAGUUACGUCAGUCGCGCAUGGGUGCUGAGAGGAGGAUACAAAUGAUGGCUCGAGAGCAAAAUCGAGAUAUUUCGGAGAAAGUCGCUUUGGGCUUGGCAAAACCUACACAGUCAGCCGAAACCAUGUUUGAUUCCCGAUUGUUCAAUCGGACCAGUGGCUUCGAUAGUGGAUUCAACGAGGAUCAAGCCUACGACAAACCCCUAUUCGCGGCUCAAGAUGCCAUUAGCAGUAUUUAUCGGCCACGGCAGAAUAUGGAUGACGAUGAUGAUGAAGCGGCAGCUGAAGGUGAGAUGGCAAAGAUACAGAAAAGUAAUAGAUUUGGGGAUGCCCUUGGAAAGGGGACUUUUCGAGGUGCAGCAGAUGUCGAGGUAAGAAAUCCCUCCUUGAUCAUGACUGAGGGUGAAGCUAAUUUUGAGGGGGGUAAACAGGCGAGAGAAGGACCGGUGCAGUUUGAGAAGGAUAUCGGGGAUGUUUUCAACGUUGAUGAUUUCCUUAGCAAGGUCGGCGAAACUUCUAAUAAAAGGGAGUAUGGCUUACAAGAAGACGAGGAAAGGUCAAACAAACGAGCGAGGGUGGAUGAGAAUGUUGAUUAA